UUCUCACAGCCAAAUCUAAAGCAAGAUACACUGCUUUUAAUCAAGAAAUGGCUUCAACCCUUACUACAAAACUUUCUUAUUUCCUGUUGAUGUUUUUGUUGAUGAUGACAUGGUCAUUUCAAGCCAUGUCCCGCAAACUAGACGAAGAAACCAUCGUUCAGAAACACAAGUUGUGGCAGACUCAGCACGGACGUGCUUAUGUGAAUGAAGCAGAAGAGGAGAAACGUUUUAAGAUAUUCAAGGACAACCUUGAAUACAUCGAACACUUCAACUCCUUAGGGAACCAAACCUACGAGUUAGGCCUCAAUCAAUUUUCAGACUUAACUAAUGAAGAAUUUGUAGCCUUAUACACUGGAUAUAAGGAGCCUCCCUUUACAGGGUCUUCAGAGAAAGAGAUAGGUUUUCUGUACGAGAACCUGACAGAAGUCCCAUCUAGCAUGGACUGGAUAGGAGCAGGAGCCGUCACAAGUAUUAAAGAUCAGGGUAUUUGUGGUUCUUGCUGGGCAUUUUCCACUGUUGCUGCGGUGGAAGGGAUCAACCAGAUUACGACAGGUAACUUGAUCUCACUGUCUGAACAACAGCUGGUGGAUUGUGUUCAUAGCAAUAAAGGCUGUCGUGGCGGUUGGAUGGACAAUGCAUUUCACUACAUUAUACAAAAUUCAGGUAUUACUACUGAAGAAAAUUACCCUUACAAGGGGAAGGAUAAAAAAUGUCAUUUUAAGAAGGGAGCGAUGUCAACUGUCACAAUCCAUGGCUAUGCAGAUGUUCCUGCAAACAAUGAGAAGGCGCUGCUAAAGGCUGUAAGCAAGCAACCUGUCUCAGUUGCACUCGACUCUUCAGGCUUUCAGCUCUACUCAAAAGGAAUUUUUAGUGGAAAAUGUAGGACUCGUCUAAAUCAUGCUGUUACCAUAGUAGGGUACGGGACAAGUGAAUAUGGUACUAAAUACUGGCUGGCGAAGAACUCAUGGGGCAAAGACUGGGGUGAGAAAGGUUACAUAAGGAUCAAAAGAGAGGUUGAUGCGCCGGAGGGUCUUUGUGGUAUUGCCAAAAAGGCUUCUUAUCCAAUAGCUUGAAGAGCUGGCUAGUUUAGUACCCAAAGCACAUGGGGCAUAUCCUUGUUAAGUUCAUCACCUCUUAAUUUUUACUACUUUGUUGUUUCCUAUGAAUAAGUGCAUUGGUGCUCUUGUAUAAGUAAAACUAGGCUCUGAAACUGUGUUAUGCACAGUUCGUUCAUGUUGUAAAAUUUUAGUAAUUGUUAAAUAAAAUUAGACUCUAAAA